UUAUCCCGUUUUUAGCAAUGUUUACCUUGGUGAAUUAUUUUAGUGCGACGUUUGCCGACUUUGACAUCCGGGCUCUAACGCUAAAUGCCGCUCUGCCAGGACACAGGUUUCUAUCUAUACCUGGAAUAAGUCUACAGGAUUGCUGGGUAAACUGUGAAAAUCGUGCAUCUUGUAAGUCUGUGAAUUACAAGAGACAGUGGCAUUUAUGCGAACUGAAUUCCGCCGGCGGCUCGACAGUUUUGCAGCAUAGGGUAAAAGGAUCGGUGUUCUACAAAAAGCGAAAUGAUGCGACUAUGGUGCAAUGUGGCAGCACAGCUUGUGAAGGUAAAAUGGAGGUUUGUGAUAGAACAACAGGAACGUGUACGGUCAAAGAAUGUGAACCACUGCAGCAGAAAGCAGAAAGAUUCGUCAAAGGGAAUAUGACAUCAAUAGGAGACAAGGUAUUGUUGGGCUGUAAGGAUAGGUUUUCACCUUCCUUAGGAAGUAACGUCACUUUGACGUCAAGAUGUGGCAACGAUGGAAAAUGGCUGGCGGAAAUUUCAUGUUUUAUGACAUGCAACAACGGCAGCUACCGGCCGUCCACUUCGAGCGAGACUAGUUAUGAGGUAUAUGAACAUGGUCAGUGGAAAACUAUGCCCUGUCCCCCUGGAACUGCUUUCAGUGUGUAUACAUGCAGCUGUUCGAUCCGUCUGUAACAAUGAGACAUAAAUGGAUCUUAAAGUGUUAAAUUGUUUUCCAAUGGCAAAUGAAAAGUCUACAUUUUUGCACCAACUUUUAAUUUGGGUUUAAGAUUAUGUGAUACAAGGAAUUUGAUCAUGGAACUAGGACCAAUAUAUUUUUUGAUGUCUUUAAACUUAUUUUGACAUGCAUAAAACAACCAUUUAAUAAUAUUUUAAGAAUUACAAAAUGUAUACUUUGUACGCAUAUAAGAUAUGAUAACGAAUAGAAACACAGGUUUGCACAGACCUUGAUAACAGAGAAAAGUACACAUUGCAAUAACGUUAGGAAGAAAACAUUAAGAGUUUUAGACGUCUAGAAAUCGUUAAGGCGCCGUAUUCUAGAGAGACGAUAUAGCGUUGUUUAUUUAUGGACCUAUAAGCCCAGUUAAAAUGUGUUGAAUAUGUACCAGUAAUAUAGCAAAAAAAUAUGGACCGGUCAAUUAUAUAAGAAGUCCUGUAAUUAUACGUUUUAUGUGUAUGUAUUGAAUAUUAUAAUUAAUUUAACCAAGAAAGCAUGAGAUCAAUAUUAAUAUAUUUUGGUCUUGCCACAAUUGGAACUUUCGGUUAGCCACAAAAAUGGAAAUUCUUAAUCCAUCAGGACCCAAUUGUUUGAAUUUUUAACCGACUGUUAAACUAACCGCUGGUUAAAUUUUGUUUCAAAGUAUUAGUCAAUGUGUCGGCUACAUUUUUCUGUGCUCGCAAUAUUUUCAUGCGUAUAAGUGAAAAUACUUAACUAAAAUUCUAGAAUUCGACAAGAUUAUACAUAAAGAAAUCGUACUUUUUAUGAAGAAUUUUACAGUGGUUUGCAUAAAAUUUGAAGUUUUAAAAUCAUUUUUAGUGUCAUAUUUUGGAAUUUAAAAAUCGAGAAAAAUGCCUCCAGCCAUAUCCGUGACAGGUGGUGAACACAGAGAUUAUACGGUACAAUAGAUGUGAUCUUUCAUUUGUAAUAGAUCGGUUUUAUACGUAAAAUCUAUUUUCUAGUUAUACUUGUUCCAGGACGGAUUACACCAAACCGGAAGUGACUACUCAGUGUUACAUGUGAAGUAGUCCAAAAUGUAGUUCCAUGCUAUGGAUGAAAUCUGGUAUAAUGAGUGACAUGAGGAGGUGACAGUUAAAUUUUUGGCUUAUGUUUAUUGCUUAUAGUAUUGAGAAUAGAUCUAGACCAUUUUCAUUGUAAAUUUCUUGGAAUAAGUUUUAUUCUUUGCGAAAAAUGUCUACCUACGCGUAACUGCUAAACGGCUGUUUUCAUGGGGGCAUUUUUAGAGGGUGAUGUUUCUCAGAACAGAUUAUUUUUCUUAUAUUCAACAUAACAUGUCAAUAUUUUUCUAUUUUUGAUAAGAAGACAUGUUAUACUAAAUGACCAUAUAUGGUUUUCAUAUCAUUGAAAUGCUCUAAAGUGCUGAAAAUGAGGUCUGAAUGUUUUGUUAUUAAUAUGAAAUAAAUAAGGAAUUGAAUUGGUAGAAUGUAACCUAUAAGUUGUGCAGGGGUAAAAAAUUAAACUUGUUUAGAU